AUGGCAGAUAUUCUGGAGCUGCGGACAGAUGGAAACUCACUCCUGAAAGCAGUAUGGCUCAGACGCUUGAGACUCACCAGGCUCCUGCUGGAAGGAGGCGCAUACAUCAAUGAGAGCAAUGAACGUGGAGAGACGCCGCUCAUGGUGGCCUGCAUGUCCACACACACUGACCAGCAGAGUGUAGGCAAGUCAAAGCUCGUUAAAUAUCUGCUGGACAACCAAGCAGACCCCAACAUACAGGACAAAGCAGGCAGAACAGCUCUGAUGCAUGCAUGUAUCCACAAGGCUGGACACGAGGUGGUGGAUCACCUGCUGAGCAACGGAGCCGAUCCCAGUCUGGAGGACAGGAGCGGAGCUUCUGCUCUGGUCUACGCCAUCAAUGCAGACGAUAAGAAGACUCUGAAACUACUCUUGGAUGCAUGCAAAGCUAAAGGCAAGGAGGUAAUCAUAAUCACCACAGACAAGUCACCGUCUGGCACUAAAACUACCAAACAGUAUCUCAACGUCCCUCCAUCACCAGAGCUGAUUGAGAGGUCAUCCCCAGCGUACUGCACCUCUCCCUCUGACAUUGAGGUUACUGCAUCUCCCACCCCUGAGCAAGAACAACAAAACACAGUCUUCAGUUUCCAGACAAAGCUUAAAACCUCCAGUGCAGCCGCAAAGCUUGCCAACGGGCCCACAUCCCCAACACGCCGGCCCGCAAACCCCAAACGUGCACGUCUGCCUCAGCUGAAGCGGCUGCAAUCAGAACCAUGGGGGCUGAUUGCGCCGUCUGUCCUGGCUGCAGCUGCCGCCCAUGAGGAGAGUAAGAAGGCUAGCUCUGAUGAGGAUGUUGUUGCAGGAGUGAAUGGGCUCUCUCUGAGUAAGAGGUCAGCUUUAUCCCGACAGAACAGCGUGGAUGGGAAGGAUAGCUUAUUCCCACUGGUGGGUGACCCGCCCUGCAAAAUGACAACCUCAAUAUCCAUUCCUCCAACGUCUAAACCAUCGUAUGAAAGAUCACUAGGCCAGCACCAGCCGCUGGCACGGCGCAGCACUGUGCCCACGGAGCAGGAGAGCAGCAGCUGCAGCAGCAGCAGUGGACUGGCUGGUCUCAGAGACACAAUGCACAGGAGACGUCUAGGAAAUGAUCACUAUGACUCAGACUCACAGCUCUAUUCAGACUCUACCAUGUCAGACUCUCCUAAGGUCCCAGUGGAGCGAAGGAAACUAAACACCUCUCCGCUUGUGAUGCUGACCAGCUCGCGAGAAUCUCUAGACAGCAAUGCCAGCACAUCCUCUCCCAGCACAGCACGCAGGCGAGCACCCGGCCUUCUGGAGAGGAGGGGCUCGGGCACGCUGCUGCUGGACCACAUCUCCCACACCAGGCCCGGCCACUUGCCCCCUCUCAACAUCAACCCAAACCCUCCCAUUCCUGAUAUUGGGGCUAUCAAGCCCUCCUCACCACUGGCCACAGGUAUUAGAUCUAUAGCUCCAGUAGCACCAAACACACCAAAGAGAGGUGGCCUCAAGUCGAAGAAGAAGCUCGUGAGAAGGCACUCUAUGCAAGUGGAGCAGAUGAAACAGCUUUCUGAUUUUGAAGAAGUUGCUCAUUAA